CAUAAACAGUCGAAAACGAAAGUGAGCGUUUUUGUUGCUGUCAACUCUGCGCUUACCGAGCCUCAUCACCGCCCUGCUCGUUGCAGAGGUCCGUGCGCGCUUUUCGGAUUACUUUUCUUCUAUCAAGCAGAUCGUAACACAACGAAUUGAACCCAAUGAGGCUAAUAACUUCGGCAGCAGUCGCCGCGCUAUGCGCCCUACUGGCGCUCAGUUCCGCGGCUCUCGUUGGAGCUCCGAUGAAGCACGACCCGAAGGACUUCGAAAACUAUCUUGACGAGGCUCACUUUGUGGCGGCGUCGCAGGUGGAUGGCCGUGAAUUCUACGACACCGUCGUCGAAAUCCUCGAAGCCGAAACUCAGGUUGUCUCGGGAGUCAUCAUCAGGCUCAAGAUGAAGAUGACGGAAUCAGUUUGUAAGGUGUCGAAAGGAAACUACACCAGGGAGCUUUGCACUGCAAAAAAAGGGAAGCCAGUGAAGAUCUGUGAAGCUGAAAUCUACAGCAGAGCAUGGGAGAACUACCGGAAUGUCAACUCAUUCACAUGCGAAGCAGCUAUGUCGAUCGUCACAAGGAUAUCGGGUGUUGUAGAUCCCAAGGACCUAACUUUUGCCUACCUGUCGAAACACCUGAAGCUGUCGCAAGAAAGGUCCCUCUUCAGUGUCUUCGCCCGCACGUACAACAAAACAUACAAGGACAAAGAAGAGCAAGAAGCUCGGUUCAUGAUUUUCAAGAACAACUUGAAGAGAAUUGCACUUUUCAACAGACUCGAAGAGGGGACUGCACAUUAUGGCCUCACGGAGUUCUCUGACUUGUCACCGAGUGAGUUUGAGCGCCACUACCUUGGCUUGAAGAAGGAUCUCGCUGAGCACAAAGAAGAGGUCAAGCCGAUCAAAGUUGGACCCGUGAACGAACCGCUACCAGACCUUUUCGACUGGAGAACCAAGGGAGCUGUGACUGAAGUGAAGAACCAGGGCGCAUGCGGCUCCUGCUGGGCGUUCUCGGUGACAGGCAACGUGGAAGGCCAGUGGUUCCUGUCGCGCAACAAACUGCUCUCACUGUCAGAACAGGAACUUGUUGACUGUGAUCAUGGAGACAAUGGAUGCAAAGGUGGCUACAUGGGUCAAGCUCUGAAGGCCGUUAUUGAAAUGGGAGGCCUGGAGACCGAGUCUGAAUACCCUUACCAAGGUGUAGACGGUACAUGCGAGUUCAACAAGACUGAGACCAAGGCCCAUGUGCAGAGCUUUGUGGGCUUGCCUCAGAAUGAAACCGAGCUUGCCUACUGGCUUAUGAAGCAUGGGCCCAUUUCUAUUGGAAUCAAUGCCAACGCAAUGCAGUUCUACUUUGGCGGUAUCUCGCACCCUUGGAAAUUUCUCUGCAGCCCAACAGACAUUGAUCACGGGGUUCUCCUCGUUGGAUUUGGCGUGGACAAACGAAGUUUCCGUCGCAAGCAUGUACCAUACUGGAUUGUGAAGAACAGCUGGGGCAAGUACUGGGGAGAGAAGGGCUACUACAGAGUUUAUCGUGGUGAUGGUACCUGUGGUGUCAACCAGAUGGCGUUGUCUGCAGUAGUCCCACCGAAACACUAGUCGAUCUAAUCUUUUUAUAGCCUGCUCUUUCUUUUUUGACAUUAUUUUUUUACGGGAAGGAAUGCGUGCACAUUCUUCUUUUAAGAUUCUGAGAUUGAUUUGCUCGGUAAUGCAUAGUGUUGAUGCUGCCCUUACAGCGUGCCCUAAGCAAUGGGCAGCUUGUUUUGUUUCUUUUGUGCUUGUCAGCGCUGGUCACAAACCUUAACAUUGAGCUUUGCGAUGUUUGUUCAAGUUUACACUGUUAGCUUAGGUUUUCAUGUGGCUAUUGUACCUUAAUGCUCCUUUUCCCGACUACGGUCACACACAAACACAAUGCUUUUAGUGCAUGGAGAAAGAAUAGACAGGAGUGGGAGCUGCCUAUAGACUCUAUUACGAAAGCGUUGGACUGCUGUCAUCUUGGGCUGUUAAAUACUGGUGCUUUGUGAUUGCAACAGCUAGUGCAUGGUACUAGGGUCAAUUUGUGUGCUUGAAGAUGAUUCUGCACAUUCAUUUGGUGAUUCCGAAACAUGUUAAUUUGUCACUGAGCAACGAAAUUGAGAAACUGUUCCUGUAGAAGCUCAAGAUGGCAGUGCCGAUGGACUCAAAAUCAUCUGUAGGCGCAGUUUGAGUGGUUAACUAUACAAAGCACAUAGAAAGGACAAAGAAAGCAGAAGCACUAUUAGGUGGCAUCUGGAGGCACAAAAUGGAAGCUACCACUGUGAUCAGUCUCUGUUGUCAUUUCAGCCGCUAGAUGGUACCAGCAUGAUGUAGCUUGCAACACGUCGGACGUUUGCGAUGUCAUCUGGUACUGCGACAUCUGAUGCUAAGCACAUAGUGUCACGAACGCACCACUUGGCACAUUUGUGAUGUCUUGUAUUGUGAAAUUAACUGGCGACGCUAACCAGAUAGCGUUAUGAAUGCGACACUGUCUGGCUGCACCACAAAGUGUAGUUUCCAUGCCUGUCCAUAUCGUUUCUCUGUAUGCAGGUCUGUGAAGCAGAAACAUUCUUUUUCUUUAACUUCUUGCAAAAGUGUGUACUUAAAGCUUAAUAUGAAUUGCUUUAGUAAAAAAAAUGCAUAAUUAAAUAACUUUUUGUUGUUCUAUUAACAAAGAAAAGAUAUUUGUUGGCAGAAACUUGUUGUCCUCCUUAAAAUGACCUGCACAACUUUUGUCUGCUGUGUACUCUAUUGUAUCUUUGUAUUUUUAUGAUCGCAGUGCAGUUUCAGGAGAUCUCACUGUUUUGAAAACACAGUCAUUUUAACGUGUUUUUGCUAGCAUUAAGCUUUUGAAAAGCUUGAGAAUGCAUUAGCUUCAAAUGGCUGCUCAAAGCUCCGUACUGUGUUUUUGAAGUCGCAAGUGUUGCUUUUCAAUUUUCGUGGUGAUGCAUUCAUUGUCCACUUCCACUGCGCAGUAGAGAACUGGCAUGCACAGAAACCUGCGGGAUUGCGUAUUGCAUCCCGUUGCCAGGCUUCCUCUCGUUUGAUUGGCUGGCGCCGGUACAACAAGAUCAUCUUGGUCUUAGCUAGCUCGUGCUUGCCAAGACUCAUUCUGGCACAAAAUGCUGGGGAAAAAAGAAUGCUGAGCACCCACAUUGCUGAGCAGUCCUAUCACUCGCCGAGUAGUCUUGGAACUUUUGUCAGAGAAUCUACAUUUCGCUGCUACUACAGUGCCCUAGCAUUGUUACGGUCAUAGCUUCCUUACCCUUGUCAUGAAGACUGGCCGGCCCGCAAGUUACUGUAAGAGCUCAUUAAUCAUGGUGCUUCUAAGGCAGAGGUGGUGCACAUGUAUUUGCACAGCGGCACUUGUAGUGCUUUCAUCGGUCAUGUGGCACUGUGAUGUCAAAUUUUCUUAUCGCUAUCCUUGUCUCUUCUUUGUACUUACUUACUCGUUGCAGUCGCUGAUGUUUUCAAUGUAUUUUGGCUCGCAUUCAUUGCAGCUGCAAGGCAUGGUUCUAUGGCGCACACCACGUAGCGAACAAAUAGAAUGUUUAUUCGAGCCAGCGUGUCACGUCUACGAGCUGUAUACUUGACUUAAGGGCCAAAUAACAUUGUUUUACGAUGGUUUUCACACUAGCUACUUAUCGUGAUUUUAUUUAGGCUCACAGGUAACGUCCCUGUGCUGUGUAUGCACUUAUGCGCACUGGCACCACUUUAAAGCAAAAGCUGCACCAUGUCACACGGGCAAGCAAUAGCUGUGAUUAUUCUUUAGUUCAGAUGACAUUAGAUUUAUACUGGUUUUCCAGAUUGCCCAACACCUGAGCCCUUGAUUGUUGCUGUGAAAAGAAAAAGCACUUAUGGUUGCAGUAGCUGAAUCUUCAAUCAGCUUCCUGGCUGAGCUAACAAAAUAACAUGUAGAAGCUUUAUUUUUAGUCGCAUCUAAUAGUUAUAUCAUACAGAUUUAACACAAUACGUACCACUCAGCUAUCUGAAAGUUACAUGUUCUGGAUAAUCCAAAUAAUACUUUUAUUAUGCCCAAUAUCACUCGGACCUGUUUUGGGACAUUGUACAACAAGCAUCUCAUCGUUUCUAAAUUGACAAAAAAAGAAAAAAAAAGCUAUAUCACCUUUACUUGGUCACAAUAUCUAAACUUAACAUCCAUGCUAACUAUGAAGUCUUUUAGAACUGUAUGCCACACAUUUAGACCAAGCUAUAUUCAGCCACUUUAAUUUGUUGUGGAGUACAUAAGCAGUGUCCAGUAUCUUAGCCUGUCCUCUGGAUGCUUUGUGUUGUUUACUUCAAUAACAAAGUUUGCCAUCUUUGCAAAUGUUGAUCUAUGCCCUUUAAAGAAUGCUGCUACAUAGAUGACAAUAGGUGUUUGUAACCCGCAAGCUCAUUUUUUACGGUUUAUGGUGACAUUUAGAUAUAGUUUUGACCUGUCUUCCAAUGGCGAUUAUCAAAGCGCAGUCCUGUCAAGGUUGCGCCUUCUGUGCCGUCCCCGCCCGAGAUUGUGAAUUUUAGUAGUUUUAGUAGCCAGUGACUUAACUCUUUUUUUUACUGCUUAAUUUUAUGGUUACACCAGCAGAGUGCUGGUUUUGUACUGUAAUGUUGACUCACUGCUGUUAUCCAAGACUCUCUGAACAAAUGAGAAAGUUAUGCAGAAAUAUUUAACAUCGCAUUUACGAACAAUGGGUCUUUUCCUCAUACCAAACUAUGCAACUCUUUAUAUACUCCAGCUCUUAGAUGUUCCUGUUGAUAUGCGACGCGACUGUUUCUGCUGUGUUGACCUUGAAGGAGUACUGACAUUUUUACUCUUCAUAUUUUCGUGUUAGGCAAAGGUCCAAAGCCCUGAUCUAAAUCUUAGAAAAAAUACCAUGUGUUGGAGCACCCUAAAUAAGUUACCGUAACAGUACUUGUUUCUUAGAACCUGUGUUGGUUUUAGUACUGAGGAAGCGCACGUGUUGUGAUGUUAUGAUACGUUUGUUCGCUUCAUUUCUGUGAUUACUGCAGCUGCCAUACUAGACCGCAGGCAAAGAAAACACUCGCAGCACUUUCGUAUUUUUUUUUUUUUUAAACGAGCGACAUGAUUGUACCUAGCCCCCUUGCUACAUGAUUCCAGCAAAUUUUGCUCAUUAUCACGAUAAUGAGUAUGACUCCAGGUCUGGCAUUUCGGCACCACCCUUAGUAUCAAAUCAAAAUAUUUUAUGUUUCCCGACCUUCAUACUUGCUAAUUGUAAUCCUUUUACAUUGCGAGAUAUGUACGGUGGAGAUUCUACUUUGAAAAUGUGUGUCAGUACUCCUUUUAAACACUGAUGUUGUAUAAGGACUAUGUAACGUGCACAUCAUAAUGCAGUUUGAGACUGCAGCGUCUGUGUACGCUCAUCUCGCAGUGAUGUUGAGGGAGAAACGAGUGUGGAAGACACUUCAAUGAUUCAUGUUACUCCUGCACAGUUGUUUUUACUUUGCAUUGACGCGCCGCUUUAUUAACAUUUGUUGGCACAUUGAAGAGGGUUUCUUGUAGGUACCUCUUCCCUUUGUUGCAAGUUUUUAGAUUCUGCAUUUAAAUAAAAUUUCUAAACAAA